AUGACUUCUCAUCCAUCACCUACGAGAGAUAACGCGCCUGAGGCUGAUGAGUCGCUUCUCUCGCCUGCCGGACAUUUUGGCGUAGAAACGAAUCCUAGUGCUGAUGCCGCCACAAGUUUUAGAGCAUCGGGCUUGAAUCCAUCUAAUAUGCUACGUACACCUAGAAAGUAUACAGGUGAUUUGCAUUCCGAAAGAUCUCAGAACGACUUUCAUCAUGCACGACAGCAAACAAAAGAUCGUGUCGACUCCCGCCAGUCAACGCCACGAUCUUCAAGAACGCCAUCAAGAAAUUCAUCUCGUGCAAAUACUCCAAACAGGACGCCAAGGCGACCCACCACACCAAUAACUCUUCAGGCCAUUUCUGAUGGUACUACACCUAGAAGACACCGACUUUUGCUCUCGGUUACCAAAGCGAAAAAUACUAAGAAUUACUCUCCGCGACGAGACUUGCAGAUGCUGGGAAGACUGCUCUCAUUGGAGAAGGAAGAUACAAGGAAGAAGCGGAAAUUGGAAUCACCGCUCCAGCAUACUGCGAUCGAAACCUUGUACGAGAAACUUAAUCCAACUGACUCAAUGAUUGACCUAGCAAGUCACUCUAAAGUUUUGAAAGAAAAUGAUUCCACAACACCUGACCGAACUCCCAGGAAGGGUAGAUUAUCCAGCAGACUAUCUCUAGAAGCGUCUUUUAGCAAUUCGAACGUCGCAAUUCCCGAAGGAAUUAUUCGAAACAAAGGUGAUUAUGGUUCGGAUGCAAUUGAUGAAGCAACCGAUUUGUUUGAUGACCAAUUGCCUCUUCUAGACGAUCUAAACACUAAUUUAGAUAAUUUUGACCUCGAUGUUCCCUAUGAAGACGACGACGACGACGACGAUGAUGAUGAUGACGACAACGAUGGAAUUACUGCAAGUGUUGGUGAUUACGAAGAUUCACCAAGCUUAAUUGCAGACCUCUCGUUGCUAAAUUCCAAAUCUUCAGCAAAAACGCAAUCAUUUGUUACAAUGAGAAAAAGGUCCAAGAAUCCUGAUCCAACGUCUUUGAAGACUCCAAAAAUGUCGCUGCCUAUGAUACGGAGCUUGGUCAGGUGGGUAUUACCGGAAUCUGAACAUCGAAAGCUACAAUCACAAGAAAGUUUGCUAAAGUUGCAACGGAUAAGUGAGGACUUCUUCACUCAGGAGCUCAAUGAUUUGGAUGCUUACAUUAGACAUGCCAAUAGAAAAAUGGUGAACUACGACGAUGUCAAACUCCUUUUGCAUCGUAUAAGGCUAGAACCCAAAUAUGACGUUUUGAAUUUCUCUGACAAAGCAAGUUCAAUCGAAAACAAUAUUCUCAAUUUGAGUUCAAGCAUUUUCGAUUUGGAGAUCACUUCAGAGAUUGAGAAGAUGCUCUAUAACGAUAAAAUUAGAUACCAGCAACGUGCAAAAAAGAGAACAUUGAGAAAAGAGAUGAAGGAGAUGGAAAAUCACAGUGAUAAAUUCUCCAGCCAAAUGAGCGACUUUGAAGAGGAGGAAAGAAUGGAGAAGAUAGAAGCGUCCUCUUUGAUCCUUAAUAAGCAGCUUUCACAAGAGAUGGGGAAUGCAAACAUUAAAAGUUUUGAAGAAGAACUUGACAUAUACAACGAUCAGGUUUUCAACUCUAGUAUCUUAAUUGGGAUCGAGGACGUUGAAAAUUCAACUGACAGUUCGAUUUCCGUGCCAUUAGAGGAAGAGGAUCCAGAGUGA